ACAACAUUCUUCUAAUAAUAAUCAUUCUGUAGCAGUAUGAUAUGGAAAGGAUGACAUUGCUGGAAGACAUAACCUGGACGCCUCAUGAUAUGAAUCACAUAUGACUUCGUUGCAGCAGUGUAAAUUCAUCAAACUAUUUCCUGAUGAGAAAAUCAAGAUUACCGAAGGAUCUUCUGUUUACAGUCUCAUGCAAGCAUGUGCAAAGCAGAUAGAAAUUUUACCAGAGUCCUUCAAUCUUUUUAGGAUUGUUCAGAAGAGAUCAAUUUUGCUCCCUUAUAGAAAAAAGCUUCCAAACUGCAGUAAAAGUAACUGUCCUUUAACAUUCAGAGUUAUCGAUUUCAAUUUUGAUCUAGAAGGAUCAUGUUUCAAAGAUGUUUCCCUUUUGAACUACCUUUAUCAUCAAAUUGUGUUCGAUCUAUUCUGCGAUCCCAGUGCAGUUGAUUGCAAUUCAUCCAUCUUGGAAGUGCUCGCUGCAGAUAUUUCAAAAAUUUUCCAUCAAUUAAGCUGUCAGAACUUAAAAGAAGCAUAUGAUCUUUACUUUGAACUUUACGAGUCAAGAUUGCCUCUGAAAAACCGUUUUUCUUUUGAGAAGUUUCAGAAUAGUUGCAGCAAAAUAAACACUUCCUCAGAAUUUUCAUGCUUAGUUCACAUUGUAACUGUUUAUGUCAAGGAGAUUUACUCCGAUCUGGAUGUUAUGAAAAGGACCUACAACGCCAAAAUGUCUAAUAAACCUUCUGGUGUGAAGGGAAAAUCAUUAGAAAAGAAGUUUAUUUUAGAAGUUUCUUCAAAAUAUGUUAAAGCUAAGUCAGAUGAUAAACAACAUGAAGAUAUCUUCUUCUUAAAGCAGGAUAAACAAUCCUCUGAAAACAGUGCCCACAACAAGAUACUACAACGUAUCAGUUUUCAAGAAAAAACUUCAGUCUCUCUUGUCUACAAAAUGGGCACUCAGUGUGACCACGCACCUGUUGUCGUGUCUUUCAAAAGCACCAAAGAACUGGAAGCGUUUGUGUCCCUUGUUGAUUACUACUUCUAUUCAGUGUAUCCUUAUAAAUUCUUGAUAUAUAAGUUUCAUGACAUCAAAAUUGAUGAAAACUCCGUUCAGCAUAUACCAGACACAAGUUUUAAUCUUAUCAACCGUGAUCCUCAUGUGUCACAUUUCAUGGAUCUGGAGGAUGCUAAAAAUGGUCUACAGAAGGUCCUUAAACAUACCGGCUCAUAUACCAUUGUCAAACCAUCAAAAAACAAUUCUUUCCUUCUUCUCUACACUAUCCAAGACAAAAUUACUCCAAAACAAAUAUUUCGCCGUGAUGGGUUGUAUCGAAUUGUUGGCAAUGAAGCAUGCCAUUCAAGAACUAUCAAAGCAUUUGUGGCAAUUCUUAAACCUACAGUCGACGGCCGGAGGGUGAACUUGGACAAGCAUAUGUCAGACUCUGUACUGAUUGAUGUUCUCACGUUUGGUCACUUUCGUGCAAAUAUUCCACCAAUGCUUGUCAGCAUCAAACACCCAUACAUUCACUGCUCUUACACCCACAAAACUUACGAGGGAAGCUUUGAAGACCUCAGUGGACAUGAAACAAAAUGCAAAGUGAUAGAAUUCUCAGAACUCGUAGACAGAAGGUGGUUUACUGAGCUCUACACUUCCCUUCUCCAAGUCACCAAAGAUAGCAUCGUCAAAUACAUUGGAUUCUGCAAACUUGGCAAAACACCAAGAGUAUAUGCUUUUGUCAAUUAUGAUGCCAUGAUUUACCUGGACAAGUUUCUUGAAGAGUCGCCUCCCGCCCCCUAUAUCUCUCUCUCUAUCAUCCAGCAGAUUGCGUCUGCUCUUGAGAAACUUCACAGCUUCAAAAUAGAGCACAGCUGUCCGGCACCUCAUCACAUUCUAAUUGAUACCUUAUCCUGUCAGUCAGCUUACGAAACCCCUCAAUUCGGCAUCAACAUUAAACUCACUGAUGUUGGAUUGUCUAAAAUGAUGUUUCUGAAGGAACCGUCGAAGAACCCUUUUUGUAUCAAAAACCCUUUCUGCACAAAAGAUGGACAGUUUGAGCUGAGAUGGCUACCUGAAAGCUUCUUGAUGCACCCCUCGCCAGCUUUUAGUGUCUCUAUUGAUAGGUGGGUGUUUGGAAUUACGGUGUGGCAAAUAUUCAACAACGGUAGCAUUCCACUGGGAAAGCAUUCCAACGAGGAAUUGCUCAACAGAUAUCUGAAGAUCAAAGAACAGCAAAACUGUGGUAACAUGGCAUCUAACAUACCGUUCCAAGGAUGGUUUCCUCUCAAAUUGGACAUUCCUAAGCAAGACGAUCUGACCGUUAAUAAGAAAAUACAAAAGCUUGUCAACUACACCAUCACCGAUCAUCUUAAUGACCAGGAAGAUGCGUUUGAGGAAAUAGCAGACUUGUUUAACAACGACGUCUUCCCUCUUGAUAGAAGCGUCAACAUCUACGAGAAACUUGAGAGGAACACUGAGAUGAAGAUUGAGAAGAAAGACGGAAGAUUGUACUUCAGGAGGCAGCAGAUCACUGCUCCCUCUCAGCCCAGUGUGUACUCACAGAGCCUGGAUCCGGUCUAUGAUUAUGGGGAUAGCAAUGUGUUCGAUGUUCACACUGACUGCUCGGACGGAAGUGACUAUAGCUCAUCUAUCGAUUGUGAGAACGUGGAUCCAGAAACAGACUUUUCAAACUCGGGACCCGUUCCAGAUUGGUAUCAUCAAGCUACAACAAGUGAUGCUUUCAAUUACUUUUCUGACAACUGUGACAACAGUGAUCCAUUCUACAACGACGAACUUUCUUUCACUCUUCUGCAGGAAUGCGAACUCCAAAAUCAGUUGCACAAGUUUAAUAAUAAGAAGUGGGAAUCCUCCUUCUACAAGCUAGGUGAGACAGUGGGAGCAGGUAACUUUGGGGAGGUCUGUAAAGCUAUAGUCCAGGAUAACGAGAGGAUACCUCCUGAGCUACGCCGACGUGAAAUCGCUGUGAAAAUAUUUUCCCUGCCCGCCGCCCACGACAACGCUAUCGAGACAAUAGUUCAAGAAGCCGAGAACAUGUUGAGAUUGGAACACAAUCGGAUUGUGCCGCUCUAUGGGAUCAGUUCUUCUCUGGAGAACAAGGAGAUACACAUCAUCAUGCCGUUCUAUCAGAUGGGCAGCUUGAAGAGCUACAUUAGGCAGUUCCAUAAUGAGCUCAAGGAGAAGGAUCUGUGUCUGUUUGGUCUACAGAUAGCUGAAGGAAUGGAGUAUCUGAACAGCAAGGGGUUUGUUCACAGAGAUCUGGCGUUGCGGAACAUUCUUGUCGUUAGUCACAAGAACGUCAGGAUCGCAGACCUGGGACUAACUCGGGGCGUGGUAAAAGACCAGGACUACUACUAUUUUGUGAACAAGUCAAUGAAAGCGGGCCUCCCAACCCUCUGGUAUCCCCCUGAAUUCUUCAACAAAUCAAAGUACGACAAGUACUGCGACGUGUGGAGUUACGGUGUUACCAUGUUCGAAAUGUGGUCCAAUGGAGAAAUACCGUACAAAAGGUACAGAGUUCAGAAGCAGCCCGAACUGAUCGAGUUCCUGAAGACGAGAACUCUGGACAUUCCCGAGGGAACGCCGCGCAUUUUCGUGCACGUCAUGAAGAGGUGUUGGAAGGAGAAGAGGGAGCGUUGGGAUUUUACUGCAAUCGUCAACUUUAUCAAGUCCAAGCUUUCCUCACCAAGAUACACUACAGAGAACCCAGAGGACACGUAUAUCUACACACAAAGUCGCGUGUGUGGUGGAAGUUUUGCUACUCAGAAAGUUCCUGUUAAGGAAACAACCGGUCUUAAGAUCCUCAACCCUUUCAACUUCACCGAAGCGAGCAAAGACGUUGAGAACAGGGAUCCAGAAAUACAGUACAAUGAGCUGACUGUACGACGUUACAAGACCGCCUUUUCUGAGGAUCACAUUAAGAAGAUUCUGGGUCUUAAACACAGACACAUGAUGCAGUAUGUGGGGUAUGUUUACACGGAGGGGCUGCUCUAUAGUGCCGCCCCUGUACACUCCAUAGGGACCCUACAUGACUGGUGCGCCAGUGCUAGAGCGGAUAUGUUCACUAAGAAGAAAGGUUACGCAGCACAAGUUCUCCAAGGAAUGCUGUUUCUCCUCUCCCAAAACAUUACCCACGGCUCCCUCUCUAUACACAAUGUUUGGUUGAGGGACAAUUACUGUGCAGUAAUAAGUGAAGCGGGGAUGGUGGACAACAUGAGGUCUGAUAAGUUGACGCAUCAAAAUGUCAUCACGUAUCCGCUCGAGGUGUUGGAGGGUAUGGUAGAGGACCAGGAAGUGAUGUUAGACCCACGUACAGAUACCUGGAUGUUUGGUGUAAUGCUCCUCCACAUGUUCUCACCUGAACCCCUAUACUCUCAGGUUCGACCAGAAGGAGACGCAGCGACUGUUAUGGAAGUGUGUGAAUCUAUUUGUGGAGUCCUCAAGAAAGAUAUCUCAGCUCUAUGUGUUGAAACCAUUAGACCUGCCGAGAUUAAAAGCGCCCUCAGUCUUUGUUUUACUGAAGUUAAUGUAAGAGGAGAUGUUAGUGUUUUGAAACUUUGCUUUCAAACAUGACUGUUAUUUUAAGUCUCUGUUUAAGACUGAAGAAUACCGAUAAAACUGUUUUAUGUCCGACUUAGGGACUUGUUUGUGAAAAUUUAAUUUUACUUUCACUUUCAGUGAAUUUUAUUCACGUUGUGUCGAAUAAAUCUUAAUCAAUUUAUGCUUUGAUAUGCUAAUAUGAGAAUACAUCUUAUGACCUGUUGCUGUGAAAACAUACGUGUUUUUUACCAAAAGCGGUACAGCUAGCUUUUCAGCAUGAUUUUGUCUUUCGCUCAAUCCACAACCGUGCUUUUUGUACCGUAGCUUAAUUAGUUAAAUAACGUUUAGCACGUUAAUUUUUGGAUGGGAUUACACUUCUUGAAUCUUUAAAAAUUAGCUGAGUGUUCGUUCUGAGAUUCGAUUUCUAUAAA